CUGCGCGCCUCCUUCGAUCAUGUGCGGAAUCAUCGCUGUCCUGCUCGCGAACAAGCAUGAGCAUUGCAACCAAAUGCUUUACGACGGCCUGACGGUGCUCCAGCAUCGUGGCCAAGAUGCCGCCGGGAUCAUGACUGCCCACAAAGGCAAGCUCCACCUUCGCAAGGACAAUGGGUUGGUCCGCGACGUGUUCAAGCAGAACCACAUGCUUAGCCUGUUGGGUCACAUGGGCAUUGGCCAUUGCCGGUACCCGACCGCUGGGUCGUCCUCCAGCGGUGAAUCUCAGCCAUUCUACACCAACUCGCCGUACGGCCUCGCUUUGGCCCACAACGGCAACCUGACCAACUCGCACGAACUCGCGUCUGACUUGAAGAACUCCAACUUUCGUCAUGUGAACACUGACUCGGAUUCGGAAAUGCUUCUCAACAUCCUCGCCGACGAGCUGCUCAAGCAAAACUCGCACCCGUUGAACGUGGACCAGAUCUUUGAUGCUGUCUCCCAGCUGUACAAGCGCUGCCGAGGCGGGUACUCUGUCGUGUGCUUGAUUAACGGCCAUGGCAUCCUGGCUUUCCGCGACCCGUAUGGUAUUCGUCCGUUGGUGUUUGGCACGCGCAAGAGCGUCUACGGGACCGACUUCUCGAUUGCGUCGGAAAGCGUGGCUAUCGACGCGUUGUCGUUUUCGUUGGUCCGCGACGUCGCGCCCGGCGAGGCCAUCUUCGUGCGUCCGGACGGCGAUUUUAUCUCCCGUCAAUGCGCGCCGGAAGCCAAGCUGAGUCCGUGUAUCUUUGAACACGUGUACUUUGCCCGCCCGGACUCGGUCAUGGACGGCAUCUCGGUCUACCAAGCUCGCCGCAACAUGGGAACCAAGCUGGCCGAGAAGGUUCUCCGAUUGAAGCCAGAACACGCCAUCGAUGUCAUCAUCCCGAUCCCGGAUACCUCCCGCACGAGCGCGCUCGAAAUGUCCCAUCGCAUGAACAUUCCGUACCGCGAAGGCUUUGUCAAGAACCGAUACAUUGCGCGGACGUUUAUCAUGCCGGGCCAAGUCGCCCGCAAGAAGACGGUCCGCAUGAAGUUGAACGCGAUCAAGAGUGAGUUCGAGGGCAAGGUGGUGCUGCUGGUCGACGACUCGAUUGUCCGCGGGACGACCGGUCGCCAGAUCGUCCAGAUCGCGCGCGAGAGCGGUGCCAAGGCCGUGUACUUUGCGUCGGCCGCACCGUGCAUUCGACACCCGAACGUGUACGGGAUCGACAUGCCGACGCGAGAAGAGCUGAUUGCGCACAACCGGACGGAAGAGCAGAUCGCGGCGGAACUGACGGCGGACUGGGUCAUUUUCCAAGACCUGGACGACCUCAAGGCGAGUUGCAACUUGGAGAACCCGGCGAUUGCGCAUUGGGACACGUCCUGCUUUGACGGCCACUACGUCACGGGCGACAUUGACGAAGCGUACUUCAAACGCCUGCACGACGAGCGCAACGACGCCCGCAUGGAACUGAAAAACAUUGGUGGGACGGCGCCGCUCUACCGCACGUUCUCGGACCCUGCCACCGACGACAUUCUUGACAUUCACAACAACAGCCAGUAAAGCCACCGGACCUGGUCGCCACCCCCUCCUCGUUUCAGACACUACAGAUAGGAAAAACAAUGCCGUGUGUGUACAGCUCGUAGUCGAGUGGCACCGUGACAACGCCGACAUCGUCUUUCCCAUGCCAAACACAGACACACUCUCCCAUCUCUCUCGAACCUUUCCGUUUAG